GCUUUAGUAUCAGGAUUCGUCGGUUCUUCUGCAAGCUGAGAGAAAGGUACGCUGCCGUGGACACUACCAACUUCAGCUGCAGGGGGGUGGUCAACGCUUGGUUAAAUGUAAACACCUCGACCGUACAAAGAUAGCACAGCCUCUGCGUUGCUUUUAAAAACUGAGGGAAAGAGGCGCCGUGUAGCAGACGCGUUUCCGGCCGAUUCCUUUGGAGUUUGUCACCCCUCUUACAGACGGUUGGGAAAUUCCCUCCACAUGUAUAGUGAUUUGUGAAAGUUGGGGAGCCCGAUGGGGUUGAGUUCGCAGCACGGGAUCAUGUGCUAGACUUGGGAGCACAGAGAGGAACCAAAGCAAGAGUUACAUGGAGGAAGGUGUGUUUGGAAAUACUUUGGGAAUACGCGAAAUUACCGUCACCAAGAAGAAUCGGGCACUGGGGCUGCUGUGUGUUUGUGUGGUGUGAUUGUGUGUUGAUCCAGGAGAAACUGCGGGUUUCAAACAGUCAGGUUGAGUUUCUCAGAUCACCAGGUCUGAUUGUGUAUGUAUGUAUGUGUUUUUUUUUUUUUAUGUGUGUGUGUGUGUGAGAGUUAUCUGAUCCCAUCGUGACUGGGAGGUACUCGGGUGGAGCUCCAGUGAGGGGCACUGAUCUACAGGCUGCAGCCUCUCAAACAUGAGCAAACUGACUUUCCUCAAUAACAAGAUGAUGCAGGACCGCCGGUGUGUGUGUGUGUUCCUCCCGAAUGAUGAAACACUCAACGUAAUAGUCAGUGUUAAGACUGUGUGUCAGGAGUUGCUGGCGCAGGUCUGUGAUAUGCUCAGGUUGAAGGACUGUCACCUGUUUGGCCUCAGUGUUAUUCAGAACAAUGAACACUUAUACAUGGAACUGGGACAGAAACUCUCCAAAUACUGUCCAAAAGAGUGGAAACGGGAAGCCAGCAAGGGAAUUGACCAGUUUGGACCUCCAAUGAUUGUUCACUUCAGAGCACAGUAUUAUGUUGAAAAUGGCAGACUUAUCAGUGAUCGUGUGGCACGGUAUUAUUACUAUUGGCACUUGCGGAAGCAGAUACUGCAGUCUCAGUGCAUCCAGAGAGAAGAGGCUUAUUUCCUUAUGGCUGCAUUUGCGCUGCAGGCUGACCUGGGAAACUUCAAACGGAACAAACACUUUGGUGCCUAUUUCCAGCCGGAAGCAUAUUUUCCCUCCUGGGUAAUUGCGAAGAGAGGAUGUGACUAUAUUCUCCGUCAUAUCCCAAACAUGCACAAAGAGCAGUUUGCUCUUACGGCGUCAGAGGCCCAGCUGAAAUACAUAAAGGAAGCAGCACUCUUAGAUGAUGUGACUGUUCAUUAUUACCGCCUUUACAAGGAUAAAAAAGAGCUGGAUGCUUCUUUAACUCUGGGACUGACCUUACGUGGGAUUCAGAUUUUUCAGAAUGUGGGAACUGUCAGGCAACUCUUGUAUGAUUUUCCCUGGACCAACGUGGGGAAACUGGUGUUUGUGGGGAAGAGGUUUGAGAUUCUUCCUGAUGGUUUGCCUUCAGCCAGGAAGCUCAUCUACUACACAGGCUGUCCUCUGCGCUCACGACAUCUUCUCCAGCUGCUCAGCAACAGCCACCGAUUGUAUAUGAACCUGCAGCCUUUGCUGAAACAGGUUCGGCGACUGGAGGAAAAUGAAGAAAAGAAGCAGUACAGGGAGUCAUAUAUCAGCGAUGCUCUGGAGGUGGACAUGGAUCAUUUGGAGCAGCGUUCACGUGCCAGCGGCAGCAGUGCUGGCAGCAUGUCACGACCCAAUCCCUUUUCACGACACUCCACCACGAGUCAUGGCAGCUCCCGCACAUCCGGCGUCGACACUGACAGUUUCCGAACACCUACCAACACACCCCACCGACCGCUGAGAACACACUCGUCUUCCAACACCAGUCAUGCCAGCACACACACGUCUGGCAUCGAGAGCAGCAGCAAGGAGCACUGCCUGGAUGAAGAUGAGAUUGAGAUGCUGGUUGAUGAUCCGAAAAGUUGUGAAGAUCUACACGAUUUAGAUCUAAACCAGGAACUGUGUAUUCACAUCACAGAGGACAUGCUGUCAGCACAGAACAAUGGAUGCUCUGGGUUAGUGGUGAAGGAAGUCAGUUCUUCCACAUCCAGCUCAUCAGAGACCAUCGUGAGAAUGAGGGGCCAGAGCAUCGAAUGUCUUUCCCAGACGGCGACGGGCAUGAAGGGCCAGGGCUCUGCAGACCGGCACAGCCAAUCACUGGAUGAUGUUCGUCUGUUCCAGAGGAACUGUCAGGAGUGGGCGGAGCUUUGCCAGGACACCGCACAUAGCUAUACAUUUGGCUGCGAGCCAGACCUAGGGGACGCGGUCGGCUGUGGGUACCAGGGACUUGCAGAUCAGUGCGCAGGCAUUCGGAAUAACCAGCAUGCGUUUCCCAUCAAGAGAACCAGCAAGUAUUUUUCUCUGGAUCUGGACAGAGAAGAUCUGACCACAGAACACUUAACCAACGAAGCAGAACCAGAGUUCGUGGUUUAAGGCAGAGAGUAUUGAAGAGAGCCUCAGAACAAAUUAAAAGG